AUGUAUAAUGAUUCAGUUACUUGGGAAAUAUUAGGGCAAGGAAAAUGUUCCUUCAAAAAAAAAACAGAACAACAAAUGUUUUGUUUAAAUGAUUAUAAUGUUACAGGUUUAUGUACAAAAGUAAAUUGCCCAUUAAGUAAUAGUGUAUAUGGUACUGUAAUAUUAGAUAAAGGUGAAAUAUAUUUAUAUUUAAAAUGUCCAGAACGAGCACAUUUACCUAGUGAAUUAUGGAGUAAGAUUGCUCUUACUUUAAAUAAAAAAGAAUCUUUUAAUAUUAUUUAUAAAGAAAUGAAACAUACACAUAAUAUUAAACAAAUAAAAAAAUGUAUGAAAAGGUAUAUACGAAUUAAAGAAAUUUUAAAAAGAAGUAGGAAACUUGUUUUACAAAAACAAUUAAAAUUAGUUCCAAUAAAAAAGAAAACAGAACGAAGAGAUAGAACAAGAGAAAGUAAAGCAUUAAAAGCUGCUAAUAUUUUAAAUAAUGUCGAAGCGGAAUUAAUAAAUCGGUUAAAUACAGGGGUCUAUGGCAAUCUUUACAAAUUUUUAACCCCAAAAAAAAAAGUAAAAAAUAAAGAGUCGGAAUUGACUAAACUUUUUUCUGAAAUUGAAGUGGGUAAUGUAGGGAAGAAAAAGAAGAAACAGCUUGGGGAAGAGAUGGAGGAAAUAGAAGAAGAGGAGGAGGAGGAGGAGGAGGAGGAGGAAGAUGAGGAUGAUGAAGAUGAUGAAGAUGAGGAGGAUGAUGAAGAUGAGGAUGAUGAGGAGGAGGAUGAUGAAGAUGAGGAUGAUGAGGAGGAGGAUGAUGAAGAUGAGGAUGAUGAGGAGGAUGAUGAUGAUGAGGAGGAUGAUGAAGAUGACGACGAUGAAGAUGAUUAUGAUGAAGAUGAAGAAGAUGACGAUGAGGAGGAGGAAGAUGAUGAAGAAGAGUUUAAGGACGAAAAAGUGAUGAAGAAAGGGAAAAAGAAAAAGAAAAAAUAUGUAAAAGAAUAUGUCGAUAAUGAGUAUAUAAAAAAACUGCAAGAAUCGGGGCAAAUAUCGGAUGGAGAUGAAACAGAAGAUAUAGAUAGCAAUUAUCCAAAACGAGCAAAAAAAAGGAAUAAUGGAAACAAAAAGAAAAAGAUCCGAAUAGCUUACGAGAACGAAUAG